UCAGGGUUAAUUACCAAAUCUUAAUUUGAUUAAAACAAAACAAGAAACCAAGGAAACCAACUCAUGAUGUGUAACCAAAUUGUCAAAAUUGAUCUUCCCAAAAACAGAUGAUCCAUCACCUGAUCUUCAUCGAGAUUUUGUUUCUUCAAAAUUCUGGUUAUCUUUGGUUUGUGAUCUUCAUCAUUUGUAUCAUCGGUAAAAACCAUCGGAAAGGAUUUGAAGGCCAUUUUGAAAGAUGGAUGAUAAGAAGGAAACUGUCGAAGAAGAGUCGACACAAGUGAUCAGAGGAGAUGAGAACAGUCAAGAUAGUCAACAAUCAGAUUCUUCCAAAGCGGUUCAAGCUGUAUCGGAGAGGAAAAAUUUGAAGCCUCGAGAAUUCAAGCUUGACCUCGAAUCUCGUCUUGGUAAAACUGUAGUGAUCAGCAAAGCAACACCAAGCUCUCAAUCAGGAGGAUAUUAUUGCGAUGUCUGUGACUGUGUGGUUAAAGAUUCAAUCAACUAUUUGGAUCAUAUUAAUGGUAAAAAACACCAACGUAAUUUAGGAAUGAACAUGAAAAUUGAAAGAGCUUCUCUGGACCAAGUUAAAGCUCGAUUCGAGGCGAAGAUGAAAGAAAAGGAAGAGACAAAAAAAGAAUACAAUAUCCAAGAAAGAAUGUCAGCCCUUAAAGAAGAAGAAGAAAAACUAAGAGAAUAUCGUAAAGAGAAAAGGAAAGAGAAAAAAUCAAAGAAAAGAUCAUACGAAGAAGAUGAAGAAGAAGACGAAAUGUCCAAAUUAAUGGGAUUCAGUAAAUUCAAUUCAGGAAAAAGAAAAUAAUCCAACAAAAGAAAAAAAAAGAUCAACAAUCCAAUCGAAACUUUUAAUUGUUCCAACAAACUUAACCCUUUGUGUAAAACUUUUCCAAAUAAAAUGAUCAACAUCCAUUUCCAUGGACGAACACGCAAAUUUUGUGUCACAAAAACCCGAA